CACCGGGCCGCGCGCGGCGGAGCGCGCUCCCCCGCCGGGCCCGGCCCCGGCCGCCGCCGCCGCCGCUUCCCCCCGCAUGGAGCCGCCGCGCCCGCCCGCGGUGCCGCUGCCCGUCGCCCGCCGCCGCCGCCGCGACCCGCCGCCGCCCCCUCCCCCCGAGCCCGGCGGCGGCGGUGACGGUGCUGGCGGGGCCGCCCCGAAGGCUGCUCUCCCCUGCGGCGGCCGGGGGCUGCCGGCGGGAGCCGAGGGCUGGCUGCCCGCGCCGGGGGAGCCGCUGCCGCGCCGGGAGCCGGCCAGCCAGGAGGCGAUGCUGCGGGUGCUGGACGCCGGGCUGGAGCGGUGCCUGGCGCUGCACUCCCCCUACAUCCCCGUGCCCCGGCACAGGAAGCUCUCUGGCAAGGCAGGCAUCGAUGAGGUGAUGGCGGCCACGGUGCUCACCAGCCUCUCCACCAGCCCGCUGGUGCUUGGUCACCCCCCGGCCACCCCCGCCCCAGAGCCCAGCGGCGAGGUCUGGAAGGAGGCACCUGCCAUGUCCUCCAGCUGCAGCAGCAGCAGCAACACCAGCGGGGACUGGAGCUGGGACCCCCCUAGCGACCGCUCCACCCCCUCCACCCCGUCGCCCCCCCUCUCCAGCCACGUCCCCAGCACCUUCCUGCCUGCCCCACUGCCGGACGAGGGCCCUGAUGAGCCUGACGGCACCCACUUCGUCUUUGGAGAGCCCAUCCCGCGGAAGAGGAAGAACUCCACCAAGGUGAUGUUCAAGUGCUUGUGGAAGAGCUGCGGCAAAGUCCUCAGCAGCUCCUCAGGGAUGCAGAAGCACAUCCGAACUGUGCACCUUGGCCGGAAAGCCGACCUUGAGCAGAGCGACGGUGAGGAGGACUUCUACUACACGGAGCUGGACGUGGACGUGGACUCACUAACAGACGGGCUCUCCAGCCUGACGCCCGUCUCACCCACCUCCUCGGUGCCGCCCGCCUUCCCUGGCCCCGAGGCGCAGGGGCCGCCGCUGCCGCUGCCCGAGCUGGCGCUGGGCUCCCCCCGCAGCCCCCCGGCCCCUCUCAGUCUCUGCCACGUCCACACUGACCACGCGUACCAGGGCUGCCCGGCCCCCCACCGGCCACCAGUGCCCCCCACUGCGCCCGCCCCACCGCCACCCAAGCCGCCCGCCGUCCCCAGGAGGCCGCGGGGGGAGGCCAAGAAGUGCCGCAAGGUGUACGGCAUGGAGAACCGGGAGAUGUGGUGCACGGCGUGCCGCUGGAAGAAGGCCUGCCAGCGCUUCCUCGACUGACGCCGCCACCGCGGUGCUCCCUCCUUCUUGCACAUUUUGCACUUGAGGUGCCUUCGCGCCCCCCCCCCGCCGCCCCGGGGCCCCCCCGGACUCAGGGAACGGCCCCCCCAAAAGCUUUAUGCACACAGCCCCCUCCUCCUCCCUGCCACGGAGCUUGUGCCCCCCCCCCCCCCCUCCAGCCCCCUGGCCUUUUUAUUCCCCUUUGAAAAUAAGCUAAAUCCAACCCCUCCAACCUUUCCCGGCACUGCGGCGGGGGGCUGGCGGGGGUGGCCAGCUGCUCCUGGACCCCCCCCUUCCCAUGCCAGGUUGGGGACCCCCCCCGGGGCCGGGGGGCUGCCAUUGCUCAAAUAAGCUGUGCCUGCGGCCGGCGGGGGCUCGGCAAAGGGGGUGUCCGUUCCUGCCCCCCACCCGCUCCUGGGGGGCACCCCCAGUGCCCAGGGCACAGGUGGGCGCCUGCCCCCCCCCCUUACCCCCCUCCCAGGGGUUUUUUACUCUUUGUAUCGUCGUUUCUCUCUAUUUUUCGUAUCGGGGGAGCAGCUGCUCCCGCCGGGGCGAUGCUCCGGGAAGUGCCUGCAGGAACGCGCCCAUUUGCACUAAGCCAAACUGCACAAAGAGGUUUCUUUUUUUUUUUUUCCUCUUUUUUUUCUUUUUUUUUUUUUUUUUUUUCCUUCGUGUGGUUUUUAUUUUUUAAAUAAAAUAUAUGAAAAUUCGUAUUUUUAAAUACUCCCUCCCAGGGCAUGAGAACGCACUGGCUGCAGCGCUGCGGCUCUGCGAUGCCUCCAGCCCUGGGGGGGUUUUAAGGGGCUUUAUUCCCUUCAAACCCCCUUUCCAGCCACCCACCCCAACCCCUUUCUCCCCAUUAUUCCCAUCACUUGCCUGCCCAGCCAGUGGCUCAGGACCGGGUUUGGCAGCCCGCCCCCACACCCCUCCCCAUGGAGGGAUGGGUGGGAUGGGGACAGGGCUGCACCAGGGCAGGCACCCGCCUGGCAGGAGGGUUCCCUUCCUAUCAGGGACCCCCCCCCUUGCAGGGGGUCGGACGGCUUCGGCCCCAUGGGCUGGGCUGGUGCUGUGCCAGGCUGGGCCCCCGCUUGUCCCUGACACGGCGCCAACGGGGAUGUGACGUGUCAGAUCCAGAAGAAAAAAAAAAUAAAUAUUUGGAUUUUCUUUUUA